AUUGUCUGUUUUUCUUUUUAGGACUCAUGUAAUCAAAGGAGUUUCUUUGUUGUGUGUAUCUUUUCAGAACACAACAGGAAUUCAAAAUGAAUCAGAACACAUCUGAAUCUACAGGAGCAGCUGAGACCUUGGCUGAUGUACCUGAACAUGUGCUUAAAGGGCUUCCUGAGGAAGUGAGGCUUUUCCCAUCUGCUGUUGACAAGACACGGCUUGGUGUCUGGGCAACUAAGUCAAUUUUAAAAGGCAAAAAAUUUGGACCAUUUGUUGGUGACAAGAAAAAAAGAUCCCAAGUUAAGAGCAAUGUGUACAUGUGGGAGGUAUAUUACCCAAACUUGGGAUGGAUGUGUGUUGAUGCCACUGAUCCAAGGAAGGGAAACUGGCUGCGAUAUGUGAACUGGGCUCUUUCAGGAAAGGAGCAAAAUCUGUUUCCUUUGGAGAUCAACAGGACCAUUUACUACAAAACCUUAAAGCCAAUUGAGCCGGGCGAAGAGCUGUUAGUGUGGUACAAUGGGGAAGACAACCCAGAGAUAGCAGCUGCUAUUGAGGAAGAGAGAGCCAGCAACCGAAGCAAGAAGAACUCCCCGAAAGCCAAGAAAGACCAAGUGGAGGAUCCAGCUGGCAGUAGCAGCCAUGUAGGACCCUUCAGGAACCUGAUGGGAAGAAGAAGGAGAAUA